AUGGACAAAAAAGUGAAAACGGAAGGAGGAAUCCCUUCGGCGAUCAGUGAUGCGAAUAGACAACUCGAACUAUUUUAUGCUGAAUGUAAAAAUGGCCUUCUCUCUGAUGUAAAUCUUGCGAGAAUCGAUUCUCUGGAAGUUUUUGUCGAUUCGUUCAAGGAGACAAAUCUCCAGCCGUUGAUUUCGAGAGCUAAUCAGAAUUUCACUGAUCGAAUAUUGAACAAUAUUCACACGGAAAAGUUGGCCAAUGACUUGAAAAACAUUGAGAAAGCAAACACGGAUCUUCUUGACAAAAUUGAGAAAAAGCACCAAGAAAAUGAGGCCGAAAGAGAAGAAAUGAGCCAAAAGCUUUUGAAACAAGAGAAAGAAAAUGAGAAUAGGAGGCGACAAGAUGCUCAACAGUUUCAACAAGAAAUGCAAAUGCAACAAGAGAAACUUCGACAAGACCUAGAAGCACAAAGAAGGGUAGAGGAGAACGAAUGUGAAGAUCGACGCCGACGACGUGAAGAACAUCAAGCAAAAGACAGGGAAAUGCUUGAACAGAUGAUGAAAGCUUUGCAAUUGAGUCAAGGAAAUGCGGAUCGAGAUCGCGAGAGACGAGAGCAACAGGAAAGAGAGGAAAGGGCUGAACGCGAGAGACAACGUCAGGAGAGACUCGAGGAGAGGAGAGUGGUGCCCGGUCUUGGUGGUGCGGCUGUCUCGGCGUUAUCCGUUGCUGGUGCUGCAGCCACAGCGGCAACUUCACCAACUUCUGCUUCCGAGCCGAAGGCUGAA